GAUAGAUUGCGAGAGCUAGAGAUAUAUUGCGAGAGCUAGAGAAAAGAAAAGAAAUUAAGGUCCCUCUCAAUUCAAUAUCCUUCCAAAUAUGCCAUUGAACAGUAGUUAAUUUAUUUUCUUGAAUCCCAGCUGCAACUUUUUGAUUUUCAUUCACCAUUUAUAAAUCUAUCUCAGUAAAGAAACGUUUCUGAUCCAUCUUCUGCAGAGUCUUGAAUACACUUCUUCCCUUUUUUCACUAACUUUCUACUUAAACUAUCAUCCCCAGGAAACCUCUGUUACUUUCUCCUUUCUUCCAUUAUUUUUAAUAUAAUCUGACUAAUACUCUCUGCAAUUCUUUAACUUCUGCUCAUCUUCAUUUUUUAUUUAUAUCUAUAAGCCCUAGAACAGUCAUCCUACUGAAAAAGCCUAUUCCUUUUUCUAUCUUUUCUUUUUCUUUCUUUCAACACCCAUGCAAAUCAUAAGCCACUCAUGAUAUAAUGAUUCAUAAUCACCCCUCCAUUUGCUUUAAUUCAUAGCUCACUUUUUGACUUUCUUAUUCUUUUUGAUCCUAAAUUGAAAAGGCAGAUCUCCACCGUCGAUCCAUUCUCAUGUUCUCAAGCUCCGGAAGGAUGAUGAAAACUGCGUCGUCUUUGCCUGAUCUUUCUUUGCAGAUCAGCCCACCCUUUGUCUCGGAUUGUGAAGCUAAAGAGAUGGGUACUAAUUAUGAAACUAGAAAAGCCUUUUACAACGAGAGAAGCUCGACUGCUACUGAUUCCGGUAGCAGCGGAAGCGAUUUAAGCCAUGAAAAUGGUCUUUUUCACGAGCCCAUUUUGAGCUUAGGGUUUGAAAUGGCAGAUUUAAGUACUCCUCCAGCACUGCAACUGCCAAGAAAUCUUCAUCAUCACCAUCUAUCUCAGAUAUAUGGGCGCGAGUUCAAGAGAAAUGGAGUUAAAAGAAGCAUCAGAGCUCCGAGAAUGAGAUGGACCACAACUCUUCAUGCUCAUUUUGUACAUGCGGUCCAGCUUCUUGGCGGCCAUGAAAGAGCAACUCCAAAAUCCGUAUUAGAGUUGAUGAAUGUGAAAGAUCUAACCCUAGCUCACGUGAAGAGUCACUUACAGAUGUAUAGAACAGUGAAGAGCACUGACAAAGGAGCAGGUCAAGUUCAGACAGAUAUGGGUUUCAAGCAAAGAGCAGAAAUUGUUGAUGUAGUUACAGGUUUAUCUUCUGGAAAAGCUGAUACCAACCCUUGUUGUUCUCUCAGCCCACCACCACCAACAACAUCAUCACUACCAACCAUACAAAACACCCAAAUAAGAGGUUCUUGGUCAUCAUCAAUGGAGACAAGGGACAAGAGUAGAUCACCAAGCAAUGAGGCAUUAACAUAUCCUCAUUACAAUGCACAUGAUAUGAAGGAGGACGGACCCAUGGCAGACCUCCACAUGUCUGAUGGAGUUCAGGAAAGCUUAGAUUCUAAUCGUCUGAUUAAUCUAGAGUUUACUCUUGGAAGGCCAACUUGGCAAAUGGACUAUGCUGAUUCAUCAAAGGAGUUGACCCUUCUUAAGUGUUAAUUAAAAUGCUAACAAAAUUAAUUCUCUAAUUUUUUUUCUUUUUCUUUAACGUGCAUGGACAAGUAAUAUCUAAUAUAUCUUUUUCAUGCAUCUGUUCAUGUUCUUGAAA